CAGAACUGUUCGCAUAUGCUGUCUUUUUUUGGAAUCUCCUUUUCUCUUUCUUUAUCUCGACAUUUCUUUCGCUUAUUUCCUUUUCCGAUUCAGUCUUGGUUUUGACCUACACGACGAGAUGAGAUGACCUAUUUUACGAUUUAACCACAAUGAGGACUGCACUGGUGUUGCGUCCACGAUACGGGAUGAUGGCUUUCCCCCACCUUUUCUUAUUAUUUCUGAGCGUGUAUAUUGGACGGUGGCAGUAUUAUUCCCUCUUUCUUAUAUCUCUCAUGAUUGUUGAGAUUACUUAUUCGAGGACACUGAAAGUGAAGCCUUCACUCAAUGUACCUUGGCUUGAGGAGAAUUUGUUUGUUUUUGCAUGCGCACAUGAUACAGGGGCCCAGUCCUUUGAAAUGUGCCACCUGGCGUUUUUUUUUUCUGGAGGAACUACAUCAGUAUGACAAGCCCAAGGAUACCAUUCGCUCUUUUUUUUCUUCUCUUCUUUAGAACAUGGGCAUGAAUUUGUUGGACGACAGAGAUUGAACAGAA